GUGCGACUUUCCUUUUUCCCAUAAAUAUAGGAAGUAUAGGUUCUGAGCGCCGUGCUCGUUAUCGGCAAUGGAAUGCCGCGUAACGAUUCUCCCACCAUUAGCACUCAAGAGUUUUGGAAAUGCCACUCCUUCCUCUCUUCUCGCCGGCAAUCUCUCCCCUCCUCUCCUCUCCUCCGCUCCCCUCCCUUUGCUUCUAUACGCGUCAUCUUAUCCUUCUCACCCCUCCCUCUCCCCUCAUCGGCGUCAAUCGCGGGAUAAGACGGCCGCCUGAAUGCUUCAUCACUCUGAGCAGCGCGUGUGAUCCGUAGAAGUCUAAUGAGCUCAAAAUGCCGGCGGUUUGUCGACUUGCUGUCGCCGUCUUCGUCGCCAACGUUCUCAUCUUCUGCUCAUCAGCCGGCCGAUGCCAGGACGAUGCCGUCGGAGUGGGACUGGGCAAUGGGUCAAUGACGGCGGCGCCCAACUUCUCUCAGGUCUUGCAUGACCAAUUCAUGAUCUACAGCGAGAGCUUAGCCGCGGAGAUGAUCCAGCACCUUGGGUUCUGCAUCGAUGAUCCAGUGAUGGACUGGAAUGGAGCGUUCAACUUCUCAGCGGAUCUAGGUUUUGUGGGAAAUUGUAUCAAGGAGAUAAACGGGGAUAUCAGGCGACGACUCUGCACAGCAGCAGAAAUAAAGUUCUAUUUCAGCAGUUUUUUAAUUAAUGGAGGAAACAGUAGUUUCUUGAGGCCUAACAGAAACUGCAAUAUAACUACUUGGGUUUCUGGAUGUGAGCCUGGAUGGGCGUGUGGUGCUGGAGAAGACCAAAAAGUCCAGCUUACAGAUGCUAAUAACAUGCCUUCUAGAACCCAAAACUGUCUUCCUUGUUGUGAGGGCUUCUUCUGCCCUCGUGGUAUUACCUGCAUGAUACCUUGUCCCUUAGGCGCCUACUGCCCACGCGCAAUGCUAGAUAAAUCCACUGGUGUUUGUGGCCCGUACAAAUACGAGGCCCCUCCUGGACAGACAAACCAUUCUUGUGGUGGUGCAGAUAGAUGGGCUGAUGUUGUUAGUAGCGGUGAAAUAUUCUGCCCUGCUGGAUAUUACUGCCCAAGCACGAUUAGAAAAGUUUCUUGCAGUAGUGGAUAUUAUUGCAGGAAGGGGUCUACAUCACAAACAAGAUGCUUUAAAAAGAGCUCAUGUAAACCAAAUUCUGUCAACCAAGAUAUUACUAUAUUUGGUGUUUUGCUAAUGGUUGCAAUGAGUUUGAUUUUGUUGAUUAUUUACAACUUCUCUGGCCAAAUUCUAACAAAUCGCGAUAGGAGACAAGCCAAAUCCAGGGAAGCUGCUGCCAUAUGUGCUAGAGAAACAGCGCAAGCUCGGGAGAAGUGGAAAGCUGCUAAAGAUAUUGCAAAAAAGCAUGCAGUCGAACUUCAGACUCAAUUAUCACGCACAUUCUCCCGCAAGCAUUCGGUUAAAAGUUCUGGUCAAGAUACUUCAGACGUACUCCCAAUACACUCAAAACCAUCUACAUCAAGCAAUAAGGAGCCAAACCAUGUGAUUCAGUUGGUACAUUCACUUGAGGACGACCCUGGUAGUAGUGGUGGGUUCAAUUUGCAAAUUGGAGAUAAAAAUAUAAAGAAAAAUAUGACCAAAGGAAAGAAAAUACAUACUCGUAGCCAGAUCUUCAAGUAUGCUUAUGGUCAAAUUGAAAAAGAGAAGGUCAUGCAGCAGCAAACCAAUAAUUUGACCUUUUCAGGAGUAAUUUCAAUGGCCGCUGAUAUUGAAAGAAGGACCAGGCCUGAAAUCGAAAUUGCUUUUAAUGACUUAACCCUUACUUUGAAAGGGAGUAAAAAGCAUCUCCUGAAGAGCGUAACUGGGAAGCUAAUGCCUGGUCGUGUAGCUGCUGUUAUGGGACCAUCAGGGGCGGGAAAGACUACAUUUCUCAGUGCUCUCGCUGGAAAGACAACAGGUUUUGAUGUUAGCGGUUCAGUUCUUAUAAAUGGUGAAGUAGAGUCCAUACGUUCAUAUAAAAAAAUCAUUGGAUUCGUGCCACAGGAUGAUAUUGUGCAUGGAAACUUGACGGUAGAGGAAAACCUAUGGUUUAGCGCACGGUGCAGGCUUUCCGCAGACAUGUCAAAGGCUGAUAAAGUUUUGGUUGUGGAAAGAGUAAUUGAAUCUUUGGGAUUGCAACCUGUUCGAGAUUCUCUUGUUGGAACAGUAGAAAAGCGUGGAAUCUCUGGCGGCCAGAGGAAGAGAGUGAAUGUUGGACUUGAAAUGGUGAUGGAGCCCUCAUUGCUGAUAUUGGAUGAACCCACAUCUGGAUUGGAUAGUGCUUCAUCUCAGUUACUUCUAAGAGCUCUUCGUCGAGAGGCACUUGAAGGGGUAAACAUCUGCAUGGUGGUUCACCAACCCAGUUAUACCUUGUUCAGAAUGUUUGAUGACCUGGUAAUACUAGCAAAAGGUGGUUUGAUUGUAUAUCUUGGAGCUGUGAAGAAAGUUGAAGAGUACUUCUCAGAUUUUGGGAUUGUUGUCCCUGAGCGUGUUAAUCCUCCAGACUACUUCAUUGAUAUCUUAGAGGGCAUAAUAAAGCCUCCAGGAAUCGAUGUUGGAGAACUUCCCCUCAGAUGGAUGCUGCUUAAUGGGUAUAAUGUACCCCCUUUCAUGCUGCAGAACCAAGCAAGCACAUCUUCUGGUGGAAUCAAUGAACAGCCAAUUUCUGGUGAACUCUGGAAUGAUACUAAGAAUGCCAUUGAGCAUAUAAGAGAACAUAUUGAGCAGAGUUUAUCAAAAGCAAAAGAUUUAUCUAACCGCCGAACACCUGGUGUUCUGCAGCAGUACAGACUCUUCUUGGGAAGGGUUGGUAAGCAGCGAUUGCGUGAUGCUAGAUUACAAGGAAUUGAUUAUCUAAUAUUAUGCCUAGCUGGAGUUUGCUUGGGGACACUUGCUAAAGUGAGAGAUGAAUCAUUUGGGGCAGUUGGUUAUACAUACACAGUCAUUGCAGUCUCUCUCUUAUGCAAGAUUGGAGCUUUGAGAUCAUUUUCACUUGACAAAUUGCAUUAUUGGAGAGAGAGGGCAUCUGGCAUGAGUUCAUUGGCUUAUUUUCUCUCAAAAGACACCAUUGAUCAAUUCAACACACUCGUCAAGCCUGUAGUUUAUCUCUCAAUGUUUUAUUUCUUCAACAACCCAAGGUCAUCAAUUCUUGAUAACUUCAUCAUCUUAGUUGCACUUGUCUACUGUGUCACUGGAAUUGGUUAUGUUUUUGCUAUUUGUUUCCAACCUGGUUCAGCUCAACUGUGCUCUGCUCUUCUUCCUGUCGUCUUGACUCUGAUAGCAACGCAGCAAAGAGACUCAAAUUUUUUGUCUAAUUUAUGCUACACUAAGUGGGCACUGGAGGGAUUUGUCUUAGCAAACGCAGAAAGGUAUUCUGGCGUGUGGCUGAUUACUCGAUGCGCCUCUCUUAUGAAAUAUGGGUAUAACAUCCAUGAAUGGAAUCUUUGCAUAGUCGUCCUCGUUGCAUAUGGUUUGCUUUCUCGCUGCUUUGCGUUUAUUUGUAUGGUGUCUUUCCUCAGGAAAUGAGAACCUGGAGAUGCCUUUGCUAACGUUUUUGUACAUCAAUGAAAAAUAUUAAGAUAGUGAGAGUUGGGAAAAAAAUCAUUUGUAUAGAACAAAGGGAAUUGAUUCUGUAUUGUGUUUGAUUUUGCUUUUCAUCGCAGUUCUUAGGCAUUAUUU